ACACACACAGACACACACACAUACACACACAGAUCCUGCCUUUGCGGAAGCCAGAGGAGCCGAGGCGGCGCUAAAUUAAAUUAGCAUACUAACUAGUUAGCAGUGCGCCGAUGUGGAUGGACGGAUGAACCGAGCCGCCUGAACAAACACACCGUCUCUACAGUCGACACAUCACCGGGACCGGGCUCAUUUAGUCGGGAUCAUCGUGCCGUCCGCCUGCCGAGGAGAUGGGGGACAAGGCGGGCACCAGAGUUUUCAAGAAGUCGAGCCCCAACUGUAAGGUGACAGUUUACCUGGGAAAGAGAGACUUUGUGGAUCACCUGGACCACGUGGACCCAGUGGAUGGAGUGAUCCUCGUCGACCCCGAGUACCUGAAGGACAGGAAAGUCUUCGUCACACUCACCUGUGCGUUUCGUUACGGCCGUGAGGACCUGGACGUCCUGGGUCUGUCCUUCAGGAAGGAUCUCUACAUCUCCACCUUUCAGGCGUUCCCUCCGGUGCCUGAGGAGAAGAAACCCAACAGUCGGCUGCAGGAGAGGCUGCUGAAGAAACUGGGCCAACAUGCACACCCCUUCUACUUUACUAUUCCUCAGAACCUUCCAUGUUCAGUCACUUUACAGCCCGGCCCAGAGGACACUGGGAAGGCCUGCGGUGUCGACUUUGAGAUCAGAGCUUUCUGUGCCAAGUCAAUAGAAGAGAAGAUUCACAAGAGGAACUCGGUGCGUCUGGUGAUCAGGAAGGUUCAGUACGCUCCAGAGAAGCCUGGUCCUCAGCCGAUGGUGGAGACGACCCGAAGCUUCCUGAUGUCUGACAGAUCUCUACACCUGGAGGCGUCUCUGGACAAGGAGCUGUAUUACCAUGGAGAGCCCAUCAGCGUCAACGUUCACGUCACCAACAACUCCACCAAGACUGUCAAAAGAGUCAAGAUCUCCGUGCGUCAGUAUGCGGACAUCUGUCUGUUCAGUACUGCCCAGUAUAAAUGUCCAGUGGCCCAGCUGGAGGCAGACGACCAGGUGUCGUCCAGCUCCACCUUCUGUAAGGUGUACACUCUGACCCCGACGCUCGACAAGAACAGAGAGAAGAGAGGACUCGCUCUGGACGGCAAGCUCAAACAUGAAGACACCAACCUGGCCUCCUCCACCAUUGUGAAGGACGUCACCAACAAGGAGGUCCUGGGGAUCCUGGUGUCCUACAGAGUCAAAGUCAAGCUGGUGGUCUCACGUGGAGGAGACGUGUCGGUGGAGCUGCCCUUCAUCUUAAUGCAUCCUAAACCUGUGGAGCCGCCGCUGUCCCGCCCACAGUCAGCUGUGCCAGAGAUGGACCCCCCCAUCGACACCAAUUUGAUAGAAUUUGACACAAACAGCAUCUCCCAGGACGACGACUUCGUUUUCGAGGACUUCGCCCGCCUGCGGCUCAAAGGCGUCGUGGAUGACAAAGAUGAGGACUGCUAGGAGUUCGCCAACCCUUCAUAUGCUCGCUUCGGAAACCACACACACACACACACACACACACACACACUCUCUUACACACACUCUUACACACUCCUACACUGUUCACGUUACAUUCCCCAGUGGAGGGGAUGGAUGAGGGCAUGUUCAGGACGGAGGGGGGGCUCGCUGGUGUUCUUCCUCUCUUGCUUCAGCCAUUUUUGUCAUGCCGCCGCCAUUUUUCGCUGCCGUCUUCUCCAUCUGUCUGUCUGUUUCUCUUUUUGCUGAUAAACUCUAAAUGUUGAGCAGCUGCAGGACAGAUGAGGCGGAGCGGAUCAAGUGAAGGAACGAUCCGUCAGCUGACGCAGAAGGAAAAAAAAGACGUGUAGGAAGCUGCAGCGCUCGUUCCUGCUUUUACUUUGAAAUCUUUUUUUGAAUGUCGACCGUUUCCACGGCGACGAUCACCGUCUUGUACAAACAGAAUAUAUAUUUGAAACAUAGAAAAAAAUGUACGAGCAGUUGAGAUCCGUGUCCCGUGGUGAUCGCCGCUUUUCUUCUUCGAGUAAAUUAUUCCUGUAGAUGCUUUUUACAUCAUGGCUGCGAGGGGAGGACACACACACACACACACACACACACACACACACACACACUGCAGUCUUACACAGAUUUCACCAGCAUCCUCUCUCGUCACUCUGAACCCUGUCGUCCAUUUUGUCUCAUGUUCGUUCUGUCAGCUGCACUGUUUGUUUCUUUGGCUUUUAUUUUGAAAGAACCAUUCCAGCGUUGAUGGAGAGUUUCCUUUUUGUUUCGAACACUUUCUCAAGUUAACAAAUCAGUUUGUUUAUGUUCAAAGUUUUUUUCUUUCUGUCAUCAGAUUUCAUGACAACAAAAGCAAAACAACCUGUUCGUCCGUCCCUCAGUACCGUCUGACUUCCUGUCUGUGUCAUCGGUUCCUGUGGAAGACGGAAACCUUUAGAAACAAAACUAAUUCAAUUUAAAAUUGAAUUAAUUUAAAAUGACAAAAGUUUAUCCUGGAGGACAGGAACAUUUGUCAUUUUGGGACUUUUGACUUUGUGUCAAAUUCUUAAAUUAACAAACAAUCACAUCAAAAGACAAAAAGCAACAAAAUGUUUGGUCAAAAACGUAAAACGGUUCUUUCUUUAAACAUCUCGGCACCGUCACGUUUCAGUAAAUGUUUCUCAAAGAGCAGGAUUUGUUGGUUUAUAUAAAAUACGGAGUUUCAAAAAAUCAAAAUAUUCUGAGAAAAAAGUUGUGAAAUUUCAAGAAAAAGAAAUCUAAUUCAUGUGUUCCUUAUUAAUACCAAAAAUAAAAUUAUUUUACAAAGAAAUAAACAAAUCCCACGAAAAGACCAAACAUGUUUAAUUUUGAAAUAAAAGUUCAAUAAUUUUGAAAACAUGCAUCCAUCGACCUAAAGAAAAAUAUAGAUCAUGAAGACUCGACAGACUGAAGGGAAAAAUUAGAUUUCAAGAAAUAAAUUUAAAAUACUUUGAGAAAAAUAAGUUGAGAAAUUUCCAGGAAUAAAAAUGUAUUUGUGUCGUUAAUUCCAUAAAUACUCUGAAAAAAGUUGUAAUUCUACAAGAAAAAUAACAAAAAUAACUCCUGAACUUUGAAGACGAGAAGACCAACGUCUCAUUUUUUGAAAAGCAGUUCAGUUCAUGUCUGAAACUUUUUGUAUUCACUGAUUUAAAGAAAAAUAAAAUAAUAUGGAGUACAAGAUUCACUGCGGGGAAAAAUUUGAUUUCAAGGAUUAAAUCAGUAAAAAUUUAGGAAAAAAGUCGUGAUGUUACAAGAAAAAGAUUCAAGAAAAUAAAAUCUGCUUUUUAAAAAAGUAUUUCAAGUAUCACAAGAAUAAAGUUGUGAUUUUACGACAAAAAUAACUCCUGCACAUCAACAACUGUCACAACAAUGUGUUUCAUCAAAAAAGAAAAAGAAGUUUAGUGACUUGUGAGAACAGAUUAUUUUAGGAGAAUAAAUAUCACAAAAAUAAAGUUGCAGUUUCACAAAAAAAUAAAUAUUUUCAAAUAUUUGUAGCACAGUCGGAGUUUGUUCCUGCUGACAACAAACUCCUCAAAAAUGUAAAGUUUCACUUUUGAACAACAUCAGGUAUCACAGGUGUCUAAAGUAGUUUUGUCCCGAUCCAAAUAAAAUUAUAUAUAAAAUUAUUUUAUUUAAGGGAAAUUAAAAUGUUUUUGGUAUCACUACAGUGGAUGUGACAUUUGAAUAAUGUAAUUUUGAUAUUCCAGUCUCUGGGUUUCCACCUGUUGGAGCAAAAACAAGUAUCAGCAGCUUUUUCAAAGCGUACAAUUGAAAAGUCAGAGAAAUUUUGACACCAUUUUGUCUCUGGAGAUCAAAAAGAUGACAAUUAUAUAAACUUCAGAAAUGUGUGUUCGACACGGAGGAAAACGUUACAUCAGACUCAGGUCACAGACAUUGUUUAGAUCUGAUCAUUUAAUUUGUUGACAAUAAGAAAAAUCUAAAAUCUCAUCAGACUUUACAUUUUAUUUUUUCUUGGUGCAGCAAGUUGGAAAGAUUUUCUCAAAACAGGUUUUUGAUGCGUCUCCUUCUGGUUUAGUUGAUAUCAGGGACGUUUAUCACGAUUUGUUCUUUAUUUCUUCACUAAUUUAAAUUUUCUUUUAAAAAUGACUCGUACUGGAUUUAUUAGAAAUGUUUGAAAGUUGUCGACCAGCAACAGGCUGCAAAACAGCCAAUUAAACAUUUAUUUUCACUCAGUUUUUCCAACGUUUAAAUGUCACUUCACUUUCAAAUAUUAAACACUGAAACAUUUCAAACACCAAAUCGUCUCCUCUCCCGUAAAGAACGAGCACUCUGAUGACACUGGAAUUGUUUUUUAAAACACGGCUCAGACAGUCUGACCCGAGUCAGACCCGAAGUCACUCGACUCCAAACAUGAGUCGAGUCUUGUCGUUCAGCAGACUAAAAUAUUUGACCUUCAUGUGGUGUGUGGAAGACCUGUUUGUGCCAAUGUGAUGAAAAAGAAAAAAAGAUCCUGUUACUGAGAAACUUUGACAAAAUGACUCAACUUCCUGAAGCAAUGAGUUAAUAUCUAAAGAUAAUGAAAUAAUAUUUCAAAAUGAUAAACUGUUUCAAAAUUACGUAAUAUCUCAAAAUAAUGAGAAACUUCCUCAAAAUAAGUUUUUUCCAAAUAAGAGUUUCUGAAAAAAAAGAAACCUUCAAAAAAAAAAAAGACGUUCGUAUCUCAAAGUUUAUUAGUUUGAGUUACUAUUUUGAGAAAGUUUCUUGUAAUUUCCGUAAAGUUUCUUAUUAUAAUGACCGACGGAAUCUUUUCAUCUUAUUUUAAUUUUCUUUUCUUUGAAGGGUGGAAAUGGUCUUCCAUAGCUUUCUGUUGAUUCGGUCUGUUCACACCUUACGAACAGUUUAAGUGGAAUUCUGAGGCUCAGAGUCGCUCUGAUUUCAGUUCUUAUGUUCUGAAGUGCUUUAAGAACCGCACUCUUACGGAGCAGUAACGUUUGUUUAUUCAGAAUAAAUCUGACCAAUCACAGCAGGCGGUUCACUGAGUCGGUGACUCGAUCCCACCUGAUUCAAACAGUCACUGUCGGCUGUUAAAGGGAAAUACUGCUGUUUUCUUUUUGUUUAUUCUCAUCAUCAGCCAUCGCAUCGAAAAGCAUUUUUGAGUAGACGUUAGUUUGUUUUUGAAGGUCGAGACGUGUCCUGUAACGUAGAGACGGUAAAACUGUAAACUGCGUUGUGCCUUCUGGAUCUCACUGUUGCCAACAAGACGAUCUCUUCAUGAGGCCAGUUUAUUGUUUAUGUGAAUAUUGUGACUUAAAACUUCAGUGGAACGUUUUAUGUUACGUGGUGGUUAACUGCAGGAAACUACUGUAAGUCGGAAAAAAGGCGGGAAAAAGUCAGUUAUCACGUUGACGUCAUUAUAAUUAUCAUCUGUCCAUAUAGGCCUGCUGCAGCUGAACUGUGUCAGAGAUGAUUCACAGUUAUGUCUAAAAAAAAAAAAAAAAAAAAAAGUAAAAUUUUAAAUAAAGAGUAAACUUUUUUUUCCAGCGUUUUCUGCUUGUAAACAAAAGAACAAGAAUCAUCCACAGUCUCAUCUUAAAAGCUGAAUAUUGAUACAAAAGCUGAGAUUAUUUUGGGGGUUAUUACAGUAAUUAUUAAUUAAUUAAUUAUUAAUUUUGGUGCUGAAAAUCAUUCUGACCAACUUUCAGCAGUUUUUAAUGCAGGAAGUUUUAUUUUGGAAGGUAAAUGUUUUGAUGACCUUCCUGUAACAGGAAGCCCUCCGGUGACGAGACGAUCAAGCUUAAUUCUUGUAAAAUUAAUUAAUUAAUUAACAAAUUAACAAAAAGAUUAAUUAAUUAAUCUUUUUGUUCUUUAAAAUUACGAAUCAUCUCUCGUAAUAUCAAACUUUAACAUUACAAAUUUAUGUUUUAGAAAAGUUGCACAUUAUUAUACUCAUAGAUUACGACGUACUCGGAUUUUUCACAAAAUUGUCACCUUUUCAUUCUUUGUUCUUGAAUUGCUGAUGUUUGACUUAUUUCUCACAAAUUAAACUCAGAACAACUCACAAAAUACUUAAAAAUAAUCCCUGAAAUCACAGGUGUUUUUUUCUCACUGCUCUUUAAGCUCCAUGUCACAUGUGAUAAAGUGUCGUAAAAGUUUAAGCACAAAUUACCAAAUAUUUCCUGAAGUAUUUUCACCUUCUGACAAAAUCUUUUGUUUUUUUCUUAUAAAAUUCUACUUAUUUUUACAACAUUUCAACUUUUUUUUCUCAGAACAAUUUAAUUUGAUCUGUUUUAUUUUACAGUUGUCAUUUUAUACUUGUAAAAGAACCACAAGCUUUUUUUCCUUUUUUUUAAUGUCAAAGUGACAAAAUAUCACAAAAACCUCACAUUUAACAUAUCACAACUUAAUUCCUAAAAUAUUUCAACACUUUUCUUGUACUGUUAACGCUAUUUUCAAUAUUACAUAUUACUGUAACGCAACGGUCUUAAAAUUAUGACUUAGGUCUCAACAUUCUAAUUCUUUUUAUUUUUAUUUUUGUCGAAAUUAUACCCUUAUACUCAAACACUCAACGUCAGAUCUCUCAGCUCUGAUUCUGCGUCAUGACAUCACAACCAGCGUUCCCCUUUGGGGUCGACGCCAUGUGACAAAGUAUCUUAAAAACUAACACAUUUUCCAAUAUUUCCUGUGAAAUUCUCAAAUUUGUCUUGAAAAAAAUGUGAAAUAAUUCAACUUUUUUUCUCAAAAUUUUACUCAAUAUUUUUCCUGUAAAAACUAGAAAAAUAAAUUCUGACUUUUUCUUGUACAAUUACAACUUUUUUCCUAAACAUUACGACCAACGCCUUGAGAGUCAUAAUACCGUGUGAGAAAACCGUCUGCCUUCUCCCUUAAGGUUGAUGCCAUAUGACGAAGUAUCGUGUGAACGUUAAGAACAAUUGGCCAAAUCGUAAAAGUGCCAUGAAAACAGAGAAGGAGAGAUGUGAUUAAAACAAAUGACACCAGUGUUUCCCUUCAGAUCCUCCUCAUGAACUUCCUCCUCCUCUUUUCCUUUCCAUCAUCCAUGUUUUCAUUUUUAUUUUCAUUGUUCAAACUCAGACAUGAUGUGAAGGACUUCUGCAGCUCUACCAGAUCUUUUCUCUGUGUUUCCUCUUAAAAACAGAUGAAAGCAGUUCAGAGGUCAAAUCUUAACGAGUAAUUUCCCCCAAAAAACUGCACAGAUCAACAUUUCAGACGACACAAGAGCACUGCACUUUUAUUGGAUGAAAUCAACCCACAGAACUGCAGACAUUAUAUUUUUGCGAAUUUCAGGAGGAAAGAAGAAGAAUGUUGAAUCUUGUUGUUGACGCUUGGCCCUUUUUUUUUUUUUUUUUUUUUUUUU